UUCCGUGGCCCAGCGGGAGGCCCGGCGCUUCCGCUUCCGGCGGUGGAAGUGUCCGCGCGGCGAUGGCGGCGGGCGGCAGCGACCCGCGGGCUGGCGACGUGGAGGAGGACGCCUCACAGCUCAUCUUCCCCAAAGAGUUUGAAACAGCCGAGACACUUCUAAAUUCAGAAGUUCACAUGCUUCUGGAACAUCGAAAGCAACAGAAUGAGAGUGCAGAGGACGAACAGGAACUUUCUGAGGUCUUCAUGAAAACUUUAAACUACACAGCUCGUUUCAGUCGUUUCAAAAACAGAGAGACCAUUGCCAGUGUCCGUAGCUUGUUGCUCCAGAAAAAGCUUCAUAAGUUUGAAUUGGCCUGUUUGGCUAACCUUUGUCCAGAGACUGCUGAGGAGUCCAAGGCUCUCAUCCCAAGUCUGGAGGGGCGAUUUGAGGACGAGGAGCUGCAGCAGAUCCUCGAUGACAUCCAGACCAAGCGCAGCUUCCAGUAUUAGCCUCCAGCAUCACUGCUGCUGAGGGAGCCCCAGCGUGGCACCCGUCUCCCGGGACCUGAAACUCUAUCCCAGAAGACACUGGGGACACUGGGGACAGCAACUCCGCUGGGUCUUGGUUUGGGUUGCUGUUUAAGACUUGGCUGUUAGAUCUUUGACGACCACGGAGUCUUGGAGAGGCCUUGCGGUGCUGCUUGCUGGCUUCCUGAGCUCACCUCUGGAGUGGGUGAGGUGGGGUGAUGUGCAUAUAAACUAUGGUGUUGAAUACCUCAUACCAUGGAUUUUGCCCCCUGUGUUAUUUUUUAUUCCUUAUAUUUCAUGUUUUGAUUUCAAUGUGUUUAUAAGUUUUGUAACUAUAGUAGAGCAUAUAAAACCGGAAUGGUAAACAACGGUUUUAUUUAAAUGCACAAGGAAGAAUUAAGCCAGACCUAUAUCAGUGUUUGAAAUUCUUGAAGAUAGGAUGGUGGUGUUGAUUAACAGAGAGAGCCUUGACAUUAUUGUGCUUAACCAGGAGACAGGAGGAAGUUCACUGUGGAAAGCAGUUUCAUUGGAGGAUCACUGUGCUGAGUGUGUGGAGCCCGUAGCUUUGAGAUAGAGGGCACGUGGCCUUUUUCCUUGCACUGUUGCAGAAUGUAGUUUUGGAGUAAGUGAUCCUAAUGUACUCAACUUGUCACUCCCAAACUAAGAUUUUUUUUCUUCAUGCCAUACAUGAAGGUCUCAACACUGGGUUUUUGUUUGUUUUUUUAAUCCUCACCUGAGGAUAUUUUUCCACUGAUUUUCAGAAAGAGGGAAAGACAAGAAAUAUCGAUGUGAGAGAAACACAUAGAUUGGUUGCCUCCUGCACAUGCCCUGACCAGGGCCUGGGCCAGGAAAUAUCCUGCAACCGACGUACAUGCCCUUGAUGGAAUCGAACCUGGGACCCUUUGGUCCAUAGGCCAACGCUCUAUCCACUGAGCAAAACCAGCUAGGGCAACACUUUGAAAUUUCCUUGUAUAUGGCAUCCCAUCCAAACCUCUGGCUGGGUUCUUGGCCACAGGUGUUUCCUAAUGGGGUGUUCUGAACGGACGGAAUCUGCCUCGUCCUGAAACACUACAGUGAAACAUUUUUAAGACCUAAACAUUUUAGCUUUGAUUUUUAUGAAGGGAAAUAUGCCUGUUUUCUUCACAAUUUGGGAUUUUCUUGUUGCUGCCUCCAAAUGAAUUCAUGAUUCAAGAAAGAGGUUGAGGUCCUAGCUGGUUUGUCUCAGUGGAUAGAGUGUUGGCGUGCGGACUGAAGGGUCCCGGGUUUGAUUCCAGUCAAGAGAACAUAGAAACAUCUAUGAUUCUCUCUCAUCAUAGAUGUUUCUGUCUCUCCCUUUCUCUUCCUCUCUGGAGUCAGUAAAAACAUAUUUCUUUAAAAAGAGUUUGAGGAAAGAACAAAGUUGGCUUUAAAGGUCAACAUAGUUUUAUAUUAGCUGCUGACUAAGACAAAAAUAAAAUGUUUUUAUUUUUAUAAAUUCUUAAAUGACAUGGUUUUGUCACCAGUAUUCUUAUUAAUAUUUAAAGGAAAUGAUAGCCUGGCUGGUGUGGUUGAGUGGAUUGAGUGUCAUCCCAUGCACUACGGGGUUGCUGGUGAGUUCUCAGUAGGAGGGGGUAUGCAGGAGGUGGCUGAUUGAUGUUUCUCUCAUUGAUGUUUCUAUCUCUCCUUUCUUUCUCUCUAAAAGCAAAAAAUAUAUAUUCAAGAAGAAAAUGACAAUUAUUCUUCAAUUUAUAAAAGUUGAAGUAAUGUUUUCAUCUUUAGACAACUUCACUUCUUUUAGCUCACCAGUGUUCUCAGUUGUGAAAUGUGGAAAAUAGUAUCUUUUUGCUCUAUAGUUUUGAGAAGAUCAAAUGAGAAAAUAUUAAAAGCAGCCCAUUAGUAUCUGACACAUAUAUGUGUGUGUGUGUGUGUAUAAAUAUAUAUGUAUAUGUAUAUUUUAAAUAUAUUUUAUUGAUUUUUUACAGGGAGGAAAGGAGAUAAAUAGAAAUAUCGAUGAGAGAGAAACAUUGAUUAGCUGCCUCUUGCACACCCGCUACUGGGGAUGUGCCUACAACCACGGUACAUGCCCUCGGCUGGAAUCGAACCUGGGACCUUUCAGCCUGCAGGCUGAUGCUCUAUCCACUGAGCCAAAUCGGUUAGGGCAGUAUCUGACAUAUAUUAUGUCCCAGUAAAUGUUAGCUAUUAUUAUGCUCAGUAGAUGAACAGGAAUAGGUGAUAAAUCAGCUUGCAUCAUAGAAAGUAGUGCAAGAAUUUGGUAGCAUAUCAACUGGUACUGGUAUCAUACUAGGAAACCAAACCAAGUUGCUUAUUCCUAUAAUCUCCAGAAUUACCUUUUAAGAGACAGUUACAUGAGCAGGUUGGCACCACGCUGUGGAAUAGAACAGACAUGUAAAGUGCACUUGAGCCAGGUGCCUGUUCUCUCUGGCGACAACAGUGCAGCACCAUCACCUUCACUGGUGCCCACUUACUUAGUCUCUGAGCUGCAUGAAGGUAGGACAGGAUGAAAAGUGCGCGGCAUAUCGUUAGGUACUAAUUAAUUGUAGUAAGAUAACUAGGAGCAAGUUUUUAAAAUAUACUAGGGAGCUUCUUAUAAAAGCCACCUCAUGCUGUGUUCUGUAUUCAAACCCAGUGAACACAUUCUUCUGGGCAUUGUCCUCUACAGUCCCGGCAGGAGCUCUCUGUUUGGUUAUCAGGAGACCCUGCAAAAUCUGUAAUCAUCUGUGAAACAUUGUUAGGCUUAUUCUGUACUAUAUUUGCAAAAGCAGAAUUCGGGGACACAUUGAAACAAAACAAAUAGAUAUCAUGUUGUCUAGCUCUCACUUCACCAGAAAACUACCAGAACAACCUUUUCUGAAAAUUCUAGUCAUUCUGGUUUUAUUGAAAUUUAUUAAACUUGAGGCUUGAAAAUAGCAUUACUGGAUGGGGCCUGACCACAACCCAUUUUUUAAAAACAUUAAUGUUUUAAGCUUAUAAAACCAUUGAAGCCUACACAUAAAGAAGUGUAUGUGAGUAAUCAAUGUGGUAUUAGUCAUAAUAGCCAAACAGUCCAAAUGCCCACAGGCUGCUCAAUAGAUAAACAAAAUGUGAUAUAUAUUUUUCAACUUUACAUUAUGGAAAAUUUUAGACAUACAGAAAAGCUGAAAGACUAUAACAUUGAUCACCUGUAUGUUCAUCACCUACAUUUAACAUAGCAUUUGUAAUAUUUUCUUUAUAAUAUAUUUUAGCUAUAAAGCAUUUGAAAGCAGAUAGGUCCCACUUCAUGGAAAUAGUUAAGCAUGUGCUUUUCAGAAUUGGCUUUCAGUAUUGGACUUCAGAACAUGGACAAGAAUUUUCUGAUAAUUCAAUAUUUAGUUCAUAUUCAAAUUUCACCUGGGGAUAGUUUGGGGCCAAUGAUCACCCAUGUUGAUAUAAUUUAGUUUUAUAUACAAGCAAUUAUCACACUAAUGACGUAAAAUGACAUUUUACUUGUGAAAAAUAUUGAAGAAAUACAUGUGGUUACUGCCCUCACGUUGCUAUAAGGAGCUCUGACUGGACAAAAAUACAUAUAUGCAACCCCAUGAUGAAAGAUGAGCCCAGAUAGGUUGGAGGCCCAAAGCAGACCUUGAUCACUAAUGUGGUUCUGGGUCUCUCUCCAUCAUCAGUGGGAGAGUAGUUUGGGACUCAACAGGCAGAAUGGAUGCAUGGUGACAGCUGCUGUAUGUCACCAAACAUGGAGUAACAUUCAGACUUAAGUUCUGUGUGCCUCAUUUCCCUGUGCAUGGUACUUGUUAGUAAAUGUUGAGGAAAAACACAGCCCCAUUUCCAAAAGGUCAAUGUGGAGCUGCAAGGAGACUAAGAAUGUAUCUGAAAUAAUAAAAUUGGAGGAGACGACUCGUUAGAGAGGGUUGAGGUGGUGAGAAACAGCCCUGAAGAUAUUUUGAAAGACAAAAAGUUGCCCAACAUAAUCUUUUGUAAGGGACAAAUAUUCUGUGUACUAUUCAGUAGGGCAGCUGUUAGCCACAUAUAACUGCUGGACACUCAAGGCUAGUAUGACAGGAUCUGAUUAAAAAUUGUUUUAAAAUAUAUCUUAUUGUUUUUGUACAGAGAGGAAGGGAGAAGGAUAGAGAUUUAGAAACAUCAAUGAGAGAGAAACAUCGAUCAGCUGCCUCCCGCACACCCCCUACUGGGGAUAUGCCUGCAACCAAGGUACAUGCCCUUGACUAGAAUCGAACCUGGGACUCUUCAGUCCGCAGGCCGAUGCUUCAUCCACUGAGCCAAACUGGCUAGGGCUGCAUGGAUGGAGUGUUUGUGUGAACUAAUAUAAAUUCAAAGUAAACAUCAUUACAUAAAAGGGUACGGUCUUUUUUUUUUUUUUUUUUUUUUUUAGUUUUAUUCAUUUCAAAAGGGCCGGAUCCGGCCCGUGGGCCGUAGUUUGCCCACGGCUGGCCUAGUGUAUUGGACAGCGGAACACUUACCUCCCAAAACAAAUGUUCUGGAGGCCAUUGAAAUCAAAGAGGAUUUCAGCAAAAUUAACAAUGUUCACAAGAGCUGCAGUAAUAACAGCUGACCAUUAGUCAAAAUUUGGUCCCCAAAUUUCUGAAGUCUACAGUUAUACUUACUAUACAUCUCUAAAUUCAAUUUUUCUAAUACAAGUCCUGUUUUUAAAAAUCUACCUUUUCUCUAGUAAUGCUCAGACAAAAUUUUGAAAGCUAUGUGAAAGAAACUGAAAAAAGUGAUGAACAUCUUUUGGUGAGAACUUCUUUCCUAAUUAAUUUUGCCUUUUCAGUAGGCUGAUAACUUGUAUGUUGAAUUUAAAAAGCAAAAAUGUAAGCCUUGGCUGCUGGCAUUGUGCAGUGGUUACCUUGUCAGCCUGCACACCAAAUGAUCGCAGGAUCAUUUCCCAGACAAGGGCACAUACCUCCCUUGCAGAUUCAAUCCCCAGCCCUGGUCAGAAAGUGUGCAGGAGGCAACCAAUCAAUCGAUAUGUCCCUCUUACAAGGAUGUUUCUCUCUCUCCCUCUCCACCUCUCUCUUAAAAAAAAAAAUCAGUGGAAAAACUAUCCUCAGAUGAGAGUGAACAAAAUCAAACAAAAAAGCCAUCAAAACAAACCCCCAAGAUUUAUCAUCUUUUAAGGCUUCCAGUAUUCUUAUUUUGUAAUUCUAAUAAAGGUGGGUCAGGAACAGGAUAUUUGCACAUUCAGGGACUGAUGUCCUUUUAAAUUCAGACUAUCUCUUGAGCCAUAUUAACACUGUACUGGAGUCAUGCAUGUCCCAAAUAUAUUCUUACUAAUAGAGAACUUAACAGUUCUCCAUAUUCAAAGGUAACUAAAAUUGUGAGGUAUUUGAUAUAUAAUACUUUCUCAAUUUAGUGAUGGAGGAAAUAAAAAAGAUGGAAAGAUAUGAUUAUGUAAAAUGAAAAACUGUAAAAUCACUAAAAGCAAAAAUUUGGAAGAGAAAAGACAGGCAAAGAGUGAAGAUGUGUUUUUUUUUUAAAUUGAAUUUAUUAGGGUUAGAUUGGUUAAUAAAAUUAUAUAGCUUUAAGGUAUACAGUUCUAUAGCAUAACAUCUGUAUAUUGUAUUCUGUGUUCACUAUCCCAAGUCAAGUCUCCUUCCAUCACCAUUUCUCAGCCCUUUACCCCCUCCUCCCUCCACCCACCCAAAGAUGUUUAUUUUAUUAAGAAAAAACCCCACAACUUUGAGAUAUGUUUGGAGAGAACCAAGUUGGCGGCAUAGGUAAACGCCUGCCACAACCACAUCAAAAUUACAACUAAAAUACAGAACAGCCAUCAUUCAGAACCAAAGAUCUUAUCUAUAGCCCUGGCUGGUUAUAGCUCAGUGGAUAGAGCGUCGGCCUUGGGACUGAAGGGUCCUGGGUAUUGAUUCUGGUCAAGGGCAGAUGCCUAGGUUGCGGGUUCGAUUCCCAGUAGGGGGUGUGCGGGAGGCAGCUAAUCGAUGAUUCUCUCUCAUCAUUGAUGUUUCUAUCUCCCUCCUCCCCCUUCCUCUCUGAAAUCAAUAAAAGUAUAUAUAGAAAAGAUCUUACCUAUGGACACAGACAGUAGGGUCAAGGUCUGGAGCGGGGUGGGAACUGGGUGGAGGGGGACAAUGGGAGGAAAAGGGGGAAUAACUAAUAAUCUCCACAAUAAAGAUUUUUAUUUGAAAAUAAAUUUUAAAAUACUGAUCCCAGUUUUAAAAAGUCCAAUGGAUAUAGAAAUAAACUACAUCCAGUUACCAAAGUAAUGGGUAAAUGUUGACCCUAAUUAAUUUUCAAAUAUUUAGGAUGACUUGAUAUUUUUCUUAUAAAAAUGUACAAAAUUUAAUGAGCAUAUUGCCACUUAAUGAGCAAUUUAUUUUAUUUUAUUUUUUUUUGCAUGAGGGCUGUUCUAUACACUUGAAGAUACAGAAACAAAAUAGGAUGCAAGCUCUGAGAGUCUGCAGCCUCAGUGGGACCAAUAAAAGGAAACAUGCUCCCUAUUUACCACGCUUUUCUAUAUUAAUCAUGUUCUCCCUUUAGUCUUUCAGUAAAGUUGAAUGAGGGUUAUUUUCUUGCCUGUACAGUUAUGGAAGUUAUACCUGCUACAUAUUUUUAGAAAUUACCUUGAAAUUUCGCAUUGAAUUGUCUUAAUAAAGUAAUUGCUCUCCUAAGUAAUAAAUGACUAGAGCAUGCUUUAAUUCAUAUCAGGUAUCAAUUUCCACGCCCCUUUCAUUACUAUUUGGGGUGGGGAGUAAAGAAUUAUAAAUUUACUAGAGGCCUGGUGCAUAAAAUUCAUGCACUGAGGGGGUGGCCCUCAGCCUCUCCUGGAAGUUGGCCUUGGGCACUGCAGUCGCUUCCCCUCCCUAGAUUUUCUGCAAGGAAGAAAGGAUAUAAAAGCGGCCGCCAGGUGGCUCCUGAGAACUGGGAAGAAUAUCAAUGGGAUGGAUCUGGAUCCUGGGCCGGCAAGGGCAUCCCACUGCCUGCCCAGAGGACAGAUCGCAUCUCCCCCUCCCCAACCUUGGGACCCUACUCAUGCACAAAUUCAUGUACCAGGCCUCUCGUAUAAAAAUAAUGCCUUUGGUAUAUUUAUAGAGGUGUGCAACCAUCACAGAAGUCUUUUAGAACAUUCCAUCACUCCAAAAGGAAACCUUGUGCUGAUUAACAGUCACUUCCCCUUUCUCCCUCCCUCCCCUCAUUUGCACUCUCCCAGCCUAUCCAUUGAGUGGUGCUUUUCUUUCUUUCUUUUUUCUAACUACAGUUUUCCAUUUCAUAAUUUUCAAUUUAGUGUUUUCCAAAUCAUUGUGUUCUUUUUUUCAUAGUAUCUGUAUAAUGGUUUCUAUUGCUUUUAUAAUUUUAAGUAUAUUUUUAUUUUCCCUUUCAGACUAUUUGGUUAUUUCAAGUUCAUGCUGUAUGUUCUUCAUUUGUUCUGUAAUUAUGUUUAUGUUAAAAAAAAAACCCCACUAUAUUUUGUCUUAA